AUGAUAUAUUUAAAUAGUAUAUUAGAUGUUUUAGAUAAUAGUGGUAUAUUAAAGUUUAAAUAUAUAAAUACUUUAAAUAAAUCAAAAAAUAUAAAAUAUGGAGAUAUACUUAUGGGUAUAGUAUAUAAAUUAUAUAAUAAUAAUUUAUAUAAAAAGUCAGAUAAAUGUAAAGGUAUUUUAGUUCAGUAUAAACAUUUUAUUAAUUUAAAAUUAUAUUAUUCAAUUAAAUUUAAUAAAAAUGCAGUUAUAAUUUUAAAUAAUGAUUUAAAUUCUGUAGGUACAAAAAGUAAUUCAAUUAUAUUAAAAUAUAUAAAAUAUAAACCUAAUAUAAAUAUAAAAAAAUUAAAAAUUAAAUAUAUUUAA